AUGGCUCCCACAGACACAUUCACCAUCACUGCCAACCCGGACACCGACAUUUGGCGCAAGCCUCCCACAACCGAUGUCUUCAACGCACCCACCGCCCUGCCCCCCUCAACGACCCCCCACCCGCAACGCACCUCCGGCCCGCUAAACGCCUUCCUCUCGGCGCGCCUCUCGCUCAACUUCACCCCGCAAGAGCAAUACGACCAAGGCGGCAUCCUGCUGAGUCUCCGCCGCCGCACCGACACCCCCACCACCACCACUAACACGACCACCACCCCGCCACCCAAAUGGAUCAAAGCCGGCAUCGAGCUGUACAACGGCGCGCCGCGCGUGUCGACCGUCGCCUGCGAUCGCUGGGCGGACUGGUCCGUGGCCGAUCUGCGCGCGCCCGGCUCUGCCCCUGCCCCUGCCCCUGCCUCGGGUAGUAAGGGGGAGACGGGGUGGACGACGGUGGUUGUGGAGAAGGACAAGGACGGGAACGGGACCGGGGUGUGGGUGUACUGGGUGGCGGAGGGCAGCGAGGAGAAGGUGCCGCUGCGGGAGAUCUGCUGGGUGUUUGGGGAUGAGCCCGACACGUGGGAGGUUGAAGUGCAUGCGAUGGCGGCGCGGCCGAAUAAGGAGGCGCAGGGGGCGCUGACGGUGGAGUUUGCUGGGUUGGAGGUCAAGUGGGCUUCUUAG